AGAGGCUGGUGCACUCGCACAAACAGGUGUCCAGUUGCCAGGGUGCUGAAUGCAGGUAGAGAUAAAGAUCACUUUCUAUGAAGAUAAGAAUUUUCAAGGUCGUCACUAUGAGUGUAAUGGUGAAUGCCCUGACUUUCACACUUAUUUAACUGGUUGCAACUCUGUCAAAGUGGAAGGUGGACCAUGGGUUAUAUAUGAGCGCCCCAAUUAUAGUGGCAUCAUGUAUGUGUUGACUUCGGGGGAUUAUCCAAACUACCAGAAAUGGAUGGGUCUUAAUGAUCGCAUCAGUUCCUGCAAGGCUAUCCAUGUACCUGCAGGAGCACAGUACAAGAUACAAAUAUUUGAUAGGAAUGACUUUGAAGGCCAGAUGUUUGAAUGUACAGAAGACUGUCCAGCUGUAAUGCAAAAAUUCCAUAUCAGAGAGAUUCACUCCUGCAAAGUGUUGGAUGGGGUGUGGGUAUUUUAUGAGCACCCAAACUACAAAGGUAGACAGUACCUUAUAGAAAAAAGAGAAUUCCAUAAACCAGCUGAAUGGGGAGCAGUCUGCCCAGGGGUUCAAUCUCUUCGUCGCAUUGUGGAGUAAGAAAAAAAUAUCCAAGCUGGUGUAAUUUAUUUAUUGUAAAUGGCACGAUAACAAUAAAAACUUGUGUGGUAAAAAUAA